GAAACAGCUGCUGCGAUGCUUCUGCGCCCUUCUCGUGCAGUCAACGCAGCGCCACAACGGACGGACAGAACGGAAUAAACAAAAGAAUAUUUACACUCCCCAAAAAUCAAAUCAGUUUUAAUUCUCAGCUCGUGCCGUUAAAGUCGUCGUCGUGAGUCGUACGGAAGGCAACGAAAAGUGCACAGUGCGCCCCACCGUUUGUAGAAGUUUUGUUGCGUGAGACUGUGUGUGUUCGCAGAGACACUGUAUGAGGGCAAAAUAAAACAGUAACUCCAGCACAAGUGUAGCCGCCGCCCGCCGUCACAAAGUCUUCAUUUAGAAUUGUAUGUGAGCUGCAUAUUAAAGAGCAGCCACCAGCAGCAGCAACAACAUUCAAACAAAAGGAAGUGAAGUUUUUGUUGUUGUAGUUUUGUAGAAAAAGAUAAAACGAACCAAGGCAAAAGAAUCGGGAGAAAACACCAACAAAUUUGACAACCCAAAAAAGAAAACAACAAAAAGAGGAAGUAGCAUGACAGUCAAUGUGUACAUGUGUUGAAGAAAUAUCCUCCAAUUGGGAAGAGAGCCAGCCAGCCGCCUGGCCGACACAACCUAGAGCAGGCAAAUUUUUAUCGAUUUUCAAACGCGCAGUUGUAGUUGUCAUCCGACAAACGAUAAAAGCGGUUGUGAAAAAUCCAAUGGAAAAGUGUCUGUGUGCAAAAUUUUUGUAAAUUAUGCAAAGAAAAUUACAAAAAAAAAAAAAUUGUUAAAUUUAAUAAUAAAAUAAGUGGAAAAAUGUAAAACAUAACUCGCGCGUGUGAAAAAAGAAAUAACAGCAACGAAAACGUGCAAUUUGUUUUUAUUACUUUUGUUAAGUCUGCACUUUUUCUUUUUGUUGUAAACCACACCAAGAAAAUAAUUGUAUUCAAGUUGGAAAAAAAAAGAAUCCUGCUCGACGAAAAUAGGCGUAGUAAUAAAGGUGUGCGAGCGUGUGUGUGUGUGUGCUUCUGUGGUGAGUGUUGCGCCGUGAGUUAGGUGUAGCAGCAAGGAAAGGGAAAAAAGUAAAAGUGCAAAAUUGUGGGAAAAAACGCACCACCAUAAUCCACUAUACAACAAAAAAAGGCGGCCACCACCACAACCCCCCAAAGCAAGAGUAAAAAUACAACAACAACAUGAAUGUGGUUCUUUUGCCAAAGCAGGCGAUUUUUAUAGAAGAAAUCAACAAAAAAUAAAUAACAAAAAAAAAAAAAAGAGAAAAAUAGUUCACAAAUAAAGUUCAAGUUUGCCUCGUUUCCAAUGCCAUUGCAAUUUGCAAGCGAAUACAAAUGAAAACAAAGUGUGUAAAUGUUACAACAAAAAGUUCUGAGAAUGUGAAUUGAAGUAAUAGCUACUACCUACAUGCCUAAAUGGAAUUUAAUUAAUUUACUUCCAUUAAAUAAAUUAUAAAUACCAACAAAAUUUAUAAUUGCUUUUGCAAUAGAAGAAAUUAAUAACAAUAAAUUAUUGUUGUCUCUGCUUUGUCGCUGCCGCUGCUGUACGAAUGCUGCUUCCCAUUGUAGCAGCAGCAUCCAGCUUCCCCCCACAUGAGCACAACUUGAAACAAUAACACCAACAAAAACAACGCACAUUUUUAACUGAUCAAACAGAGCCACGACAAACAAAAGAGGUUAUUGAGUGAGAAAGAGUCACACAAAUCGCAAGUGGCUGAGAGUGAGAGUUCAGAAAAAAACAACACAACACAACACAACAAAACAAAGAGUGCCGAAAUUCAAAGGGGAGCACAAUGUGGACUCCAUCGAAUAAUAAAUACGGUGUCGCAAUACACAACUGGCAUGGUGACGUGCGUUGCGGCUUGGCCUUAGAUGUCGGUGAUUCGGUGGAAAUUCUAGAAGAAUGUCCCAAAUGGUUUCGCGGCACAUGUCCGCGCAAAUCGCGGGCGGUGGGAAUAUUUCCCAAAACCUAUAUACACAUAAAAGACUUGAGCAAAAUCGAUCCGGUCGUUGCCGAAUGUACACAAGUUCUCCGGGAAUGGUCGGAAAUAUGGAAGAAACUGUUUGUGGAUCGAGAAACCUACAAAUUCACAACGUUACGCAAGGUGAUGUUGUCAAUAUUGGAAAGCCGUCGCGAAUUGUUGGGCGCCACUUUAACCCAAGAUCAAACAUUGGAAUUGCAAAUGACUGUUGUGUCGAAAAUCGACUGGGGUAAUCGAAAACUAGGCCUUGAUUUGGUGCCACGUAUUGGUCCCUUGGCUGUGGAUCCCCAUAACAUAGGAAUUGUUGGUCUAUACAAUGUUCAUGUCACAAGUGCCGAUAAUGCCAAAGCCUCGUCGAGUCGAGGUACUUUGCGCCGAAAAACCCAACGAAAAAUUCUCACCCACCAUUUGUAUUUUUGCAUGCGUGAAUUUGGUUAUCGCAUUGGUGGUGGCGAUGAUGCCGAAGUCUAUUUCUAUCUAUACGAUGCGAAUCACAUGAAAGCCGUGUCCGAACGAUUUGUGGUGAAGAUCUGUAAAGAUGGCUAUGCGAAUUAUAUUGAAAGGGUCAACAGUAAUUGUACAGUAUUCACAGAUUUAGGUGCUGCCGACUUGAAUGAAGACCUCUAUUUGGUGGCCGUUGUAAUGCGUGUGGGAAAAAUUCUCCCCUCGGAAAAGUCAAGCAAUAAUUCCUGUUGUACCGGCACAGCUGCAUACCGGCGUCCCUUCGGUGUGGGUGUCCUCUCACUGGCCGAUAUUGGCCACUAUGAUACCACCAUUGAGUCAGAGGAAAAGGAUCACAAUAUCAAAUUGGUCUAUCACAAUGAUGAGAAAGAUUUCCAUCAGCUACAUGAACUGAUCAUUAAGAAAUCCAGCAGCAAAUUCCAGCCGAUUACAACAAUUAAUCAAAGUAAUCAGGGUAUUAUUGUGUCAUUGAAACUCUUGCACGGUGGUUUAGGCCAGGCCCGACAGGAACAACCCCUACUCUUCCAAGGUAGUACGAUUACCCGUAAAAUGGGCUUCCCCGAUGUAAUAAUGCCCGGUGAUGUACGCAACGAUAUGUUCAUCACCCUGGAAAGAGGUGAAUUUGAGCGGGGUGGCAAAAAUACAGCGAAAAAUAUUCUCGUUACGGUUGUGGUCUUGGACGUUGCUGGCAAUGUCCUGACAGAAUGUCUAUGGGGUGCUUCGGGUAUGGAUACCCAAAAUUACUACAAAUCCAUGAUUCUAUAUCAUCAAAAUGCUCCUUGCUGGAAUGAAAUGUUACGGCUGAGUGUACCCAUUGAUAAGUUCUCUGCAGCCCAUGUCCGAUUUGAGUUUCGCCACUGUUCGACCAGGGAAAAAUCGGAACCAAAAUUGUUUGGUUUCAGUUUUGCCCGUCUCAUGGAUCCCAGCGGAGCCACACUGGCUGAUGGCCAACAUGAACUGUAUGUCUACAAAUGUGAGGAUGCUGCAAAACUAACCACUGCCAAUUAUUUGAUAUUACCCUGUAAACCCAAAGAUCCGCAUGCCAAAGUGGAAUGUAGCUCAACGUUUCAUCGUAGCUCCAAGGAAGUGUUUGUUAUGCGCUCCCUGCUGUGUUCCACAAAACUAACACAAAAUGCCGAUUUACUGUCGCUGCUACAAUGGCGGGCCCAUCCCGAAAAGAUCCAAGACUCGUUGACGGGUGUGCUGCGUCUAAACGAUGAAGAACUUGUUAAAUUUCUGCAAGAUGUCUUGGACGCCCUCUUUGCCAUGUUCUCCAAUGAGGAGGGCAACAGUACCCAACAUUCGGGCCUAGUCUUCCAUGUGCUGGUGAGCAUUUUUAGUCUCCUGCAAAGCAAUAAAUUUCAACAUUUUCGCCCGGUCAUGAAUGAGUACAUUGAAAACCAUUUUGCCGCCGCCUUGGUCUACAAGGGCCUUAUUACCUCUGUCGAACAUAUGGCCGUGUUUCUAACGAAAGCCGAACAUCCAGAUCCAUUUCAAAAGUGUUUUGGCUCCUUGGAAUAUAUUUUUAAACUUUUAAUACAAUCUCGCAAGUUGUUUGCCCGAGCCACCGGUGGUCAAUACGAAGAUUCAUUUCGCCGGGACUUGCAUUCACUUUUCACUGCCUUGAAUGGUAUGUUGGCGGUGCCAUCCUAUGAUCUUAUCAUACCCACACAGGAGGCUCUGCUAAGUUCAACGGGAGUGGUUUUGGAACAAUUGAAAGAUACCCUACCAGCACCGGAAUUGGGAAUGUUGGCCCGUAAUAUGUUAGAUGCCAUACCCAGGGAUGCUCCGGUCCGUUUGAUUCAGGCCAAACUACAGGCUGUUAAGGAUUUGGUAUCUGGUGAACUUUUCCAUGAGGAUGAUUCCCGUACAGUCAUCCUAUCGGUUGCCUGCAAACACCUACGCAUGCAUUUGGGACGCCGUAAUGAAUUGAAACUUUGUGCCGAUAUUCUGGCAGAAAUCCUAACACAUUUAUAUGAUCUGCAAAAGGAGCAAAAAGACAAAGUCACCAAUACGCUGCAACACGAUUUAGAUUCGCUGUGUAAAAACAUCUUGGGCAUACUAAUCAAAACGAUUAUCAUUAUAAUUGAAGGUUCCAAUCCGGUGGUACCACAAUUGGUGGCUUGUAUGUUGGGCCUGUUGCAGCUGUUGGACGAGACACAAUACAAACGUUAUUGGGAUGAAUUGUGUCCCAACAAGGAUCCACGUGAUCUCAAAGAUUUUCUCUCAAGUUCAUUGUUAGUUUUCGAGGAGCUAUUGUCACAGGAUUGGUUGGUCUUUCCCAACGAUUGGUUAAUCAUGAAAUUGGCAUGUAACGAUGUUUUGCGCAAAUCUCUGGAAGAAUUUGCCAAACCAUUGGUUUAUCGUUUUUUGUCAUCUAAAUUAUUCGAUUUUCAAUUGUGGCGAAAAUACUUCCAUUUGGCUGUGAUCUUUCUGACGCAACCCUCAUUGCAAUUGGAAAAAUAUCGUGAACCGAAACGGCGUAAAAUUUUACAUUCGCACGGGGAUAUGCGUGUUUUGAUGGGUUUUCAAAUACUGAGUAUGUGGUCACAGUUGGGUGAACAAAAGCUGAAUUUUAUACCAUAUAUGGUGGGGCCAUUCCUGGAGGUUACACUGGUUCCCGAGCCAUCACUGAGAAAGGCUACAUUGACCGUAUUCUACGAUAUGAUACAAUGUGAACAGAGUGCCCGUGGUUCAUUCCGUUGGGUUGAAAGUGAACUGAUUGACAAAUUGGAUUUGCUAAUCAGCGAAAAUAAGGGUGACGAUGAAUAUCGUGAGCUUUUCAGUACAAUGGAACAUCUAAGUCUGGUACUCCUUGAAAAGGUACAAAAUGAAAACCCCAUUUGGAAGGAUGCCGGCACAGCGUUCAUUGCCUCGGUUACACGGCUAUUGGAACGUUUACUCGAUUAUCGCAGUGUUAUGCAGGGUGAAGAGAAUCGUGAUAAACGUAUGUCCUGCACCGUGAAUCUCUUGAAUUUCUAUAAAAAUGAAAUCAAUCGCAAGGAAAUGUAUUUGAGAUACAUUUACAAAUUACACGAUUUGCAUUUACAAGCGGAAAAUUAUACAGAAGCUGGUUUUACGCUAAAACUUUACGCUGAUAUGUUAAGUUGGGAUCGUGAAUCAUCGAGUCUAUCACCAAAUGGCAAUGAUGGCCAACCAGAAUGGCAGCGCAAGGAACAGUUAUAUCAUGAGAUUCUAAAAUACUUCGACAAAGGCAAAUGCUGGGAAAAGGGCAUCCCACUGUGCAAGGAACUGGCCCUACUCUACGAAACGAAACGUUUCGAUUACAACAAGCUAAGUGAAAUACUGAUAUUGGAAGCUAAAUUCUUUCAGAAUAUAUUGACUCAACUAAGACCCGAACCGGAAUAUUUUCGUGUGGGUUUCUAUGGUUUGGGUUUUCCACUUUUUGUUAGGAAUAAACAAUUUGUUUAUCGUGGCCUCGAAUAUGAACGCAUCAGUGCAUUUACACAACGUUUACAAACCGAAUUUCCAGCUGCCCAAACACUCAACACAAAUAGUCCACCGGAUAAUUCAAUUUUAUCGGCUCCCGAACAGUAUAUACAAAUAAGCAAUGUACGACCGGUGGCCGAUGCUCAGGCCCUGAAGACAGCCAUGGUUACGGUGCCGGAAAAAAUCGCUCGCUUUUAUGAAGUGAAUGACGUGAGUCGUUUCAUAUCGGAUCGUCCCAUCCACAAGGGUCCCGUAGACAAAGACAACGAAUUCAAAAGCCUAUGGAUUGAACGUACCACCUUGGAUAUUGCCUCGCCAUUGCCGGGCAUACUGCGUUGGUUUGAAGUUAAACAGAAGUCGGUGCAGGAAUUGACACCCGUCGAAUUUGCCUGUGAAACUAUGCACAAUGUGGGCAAAGAUAUCUGGGACUUGAUACAGCAAUAUCGUCAAGAUCCCAAGCGUAACAUCAAUCCGUUUUCGAUGCGUUUACAGGGCGUCAUAGAUGCCAAUGUUAUGGGCGGUAUUAGCAAGUAUCAAGAGGCAUUCUUUACGGAACAAUUUUUAAAGUCACCCCAGGGUCAGGGUCAACAGGCCAAUGUACAAAAGUUGAAAGCUUUAAUAUUGGAGAAAAUACAAAUUCUAGAUCAAGCAUUGGAAUUACAUGGCCAAUUGGCUCCGCCUGGAGUACAGCCGUUGCAUAAUCGUUUAUUGGAACGCUUUUCACAGCUAAAACAAAGCCUCUCAGGGCUGGGACGAUUAAAACGCCAAGCCUCUGAGAGUAUAGUUAACACACCGCUACCACCAUUGCCCACAGAAAAACGUUUGGCCAGCAAUAACACCGGCUCAACUUCUCUUAUACCGGCUUCAAAUUAUUACGAACACGAUGAGAUUUACACAAGACCCGGAGACACUCUGAGACCUGUGGAAUCAAUCAUGAACAGAUUUGGUGCCCAGAACUCUUAUCAAACACUAAGCAAAGAGAAUUUAUCGAAUAGCAUUGGCCAUUCGGAGGUUGCAGCGGGAAUCAAAGAAAAUCCCGAAGUCUGUCCUCCACCCAUACCAAAUAGGCCCCGAUCACAAAACUUUUCCAAUUCCAAUUCACUUACAAUGGAUGGACCAGAAGUGCCACCAAAACGUAAUCAUCAGGCACCAGGCUCACCGGGAGCCCCGCCUCUACCGCCAAGGGGUAUAACUCCCGACAAAAGGGCUUCCAAUCCCAUGAUUUUCAAUGAUUUCUCUAGCGAGUCACCCGUCUCAAGUAUGCCCAGGCGACCACAUUCCACUUCGCAUCAACACAAUCAAAAGUAUGCCGUAGUUGAUAUUAGUUUCGAUGAUCCCGAGGCAGAUCAACAACAACUGGCACAUUCACUGAAUUGUCAUGCCUCUGAUAACCAUCAUUUGUCUACACUGUCGUAUGCCCCCAAUGAUUUUCGUGAUUCAGGAAUUUCCACAGCCAGCGCCCAUGAGUUGAACCAUUUAAAUAAUCUAAGUGAGGAAUCAUCCACCAAUUCUAUGAGCACAGUACAUCAUCGUGAUCACUGUCGCCUCUCCUCCAGCGGAAGCAUGGAAAAUGGCCAAUAUAUUUCAUCCAGCCACAACAAUGGCGGUGGCUUAAGUUCAACGCAACGAGAGAACUCUUCAAGUUCCUUUGAUGUGGAAGAUUUACCCAUGCCUCCACCACCUAUACCACCAAAAUCCCUAAAUAUAAUUGGUAACUCGGCAAUGAAUGAAUCAUCCUCAUCGGCCUCAUUGGAGGGACCCUCGACACUCAACACUCAUUCCAAUACACUGCAACACACAGCAACGGCAUCAUCCAACUCGACAACACCGCAUGUACACCCGCACCAUCAUCAUCACCAUAGUCAUAUUCAUGCCCAAAACGGUCACACUAACAACGAUGGCUAUGUCUCACCCAAAUCAACUAUGGCAAAUGCCCUGGGCAACAAAGCCCAAUCGGCGACGACGAAUAGAGCAAGCCUGGACGACACAGAAACCGAAACUCAUAACGAACUUGGCAACACUUUUUGAGUUACAAUAUGUCG